UCAACUUGGCUGAAGAAGCAGGGCAUAAGGCACUCUCUUACCAUGCCCUACUCUCCUGCAAUGAACGGCAUCGCCGAGCGUGCGAAUCGGACACUCACGGAGACGGCUCGGAGCAGGCGUCAAAAGGGUGCGGAUGGAGUCGAACCCGGGAGGCUCUUUCUCACCGCCUUCUCUGAUGCAUCUUGGGCAUCAAAACCAGAGGACAUGACAAGUGUGGGAGGCUUCAUCUGCUGUGUUGGUGGAGGCCCAACAGCUUGGGAGAGCAAGAAGCAAGUGGACCAAGCAUUGAGCUCGGUGGAGUCCGAGUACAUGGCACUCUUCCGUGCCAUAUGAGAGGUUGUGUGGCAGCGGCGUUUGCUAGCUGAAUUGGGGGAGGAGCAGCAAGGACCUACCCCACUCUACUGUGAUAGCCAAGGUGCUAUUGCAUUGGCUAAGAACC